CGCCAAUUGACAUUACUGACAUCUAGUGUUGACAUGCCGUAAUCUUCACCAGUUUACAUGUGACAGUCAGUUAUCGUGUACUGUCAAAGUGUCAAGUUUUCCAUCGCUCUCCACUUCUUUUUACUGAAUUCGAACGAUCUUGUGCGUUCCCCAAACGUGAGCUUAAAGAGGAAUUUCGACUAUUUCGUUACAUUCUUUCGCGACAUUCCAAUCCCUUCGAAGUGUUAUUCUAAGAUAUAUACAACCUUGAGCAAUUUUUAUCAACGACAGUCAUUGGCUGAAAGUCACGUGUGAGAUUUCCGCGAGUCACCCGCGAUUUCCGACAUGUAUGAAAACCUGUUCAAGAGUCCGUUGCACCGCGUAUUCGUGUACGGCACAUUAAAACGAGGCGAGCCGAAUCAUGGUCUUAUUAAGGAUGCCACGAACGGCUAUGCAAAAUUCCUGGGUCUUGGAAGGACGACAGUUUCAUAUCCUCUGGUGAUCGCUACAAGAUAUAACAUUCCUUUCCUAUUGAAGAAACCCGACGUCGGCAAUCUCGUGCUUGGGGAAAUAUAUGACAUGGACUCUAAAAUGCUGAAAAAACUGGAUGAAUUAGAGGAGCACCCCACGUUUUACGAGCGAUUCGAAGAAGAAAUCCUAUUGGCUCCGGAAACUGCGCUCAAAUCUGGGAAAACGUUCGAAGAGGUUGGCGAGUUGACAAAAGCAUGGAUAUAUUUUUUGCCGAUAUAUAGAUCCUCUUUACUGGAUAGUCCGAUGUACGCAUCUUACAGCAAUAAUGGAAGUCAUGGACUUAAGUAUUGUGGGAAGUAUGUUCGCGAUCCAAUUUACGAUCACAGAAAGGAGGUGCAAUAAAUCAUUGCCAGCGGCUUUUGUUUCUUUGCAGCGAUAACGAUGCGUCGAGCCUUUAUGACGUUCUUUGAACACUCCAUCUAGAGCGCAGAAUGAUAAAUAUUUUCUCUCACGAUAUUGGUAAAAUUCUUGUGAUUAAAUAAUUCGAGAAAGUGAGAAUGUGCAGGAAAUAAGGAAUGAUUAAUAAAGAUUGUUUUGUAUUGCCGCGCGUGCGUUCCGCAAAAAAAAAAAUCGUAAUAAUUAU